GGGAGCAGCGCCUCGGUCCCCUGCUCCCGCGACAUGGCCUUCAACUUUGGGGCCCCCUCGGGCACCUCGGGCACCGCUGCAGCCACCGCGGUCCCCGCGGAAGGUGGGUUUGGAGGAUUUGGGACAACAUCUACAACAGCAGGUUCUGCGUUCAGCUUUUCUGCUCCAGCUAACACAGGCACUACUGGACUCUUUGGUGGUACUCAGAACAAAGGCUUUGGAUUUGGUACUGGUUUUGGCACAACAACUGGAACUAGUACUGGUUUAGGUACUGGUUUAGGAAGUGGACUGGGAUUUGGAGGAUUUAAUACACAGCAGCAGCAGCAAACUACAUUAGGUGGUCUCUUCAGUCAGCCUACACAAGCUCCUACCCAGUCCAACCAACUGAUAAAUACUGCAAGUGCUCUUUCUGCUCCAACACUACUGGGAGAUGAGAGAGAUGCUAUUUUGGCAAAAUGGAAUCAACUGCAGGCCUUUUGGGGAACAGGAAAAGGAUAUUUCAACAAUAACAUUCCACCAGUGGAAUUCACACAAGAAAAUCCCUUUUGCCGAUUUAAGGCAGUAGGUUAUAGCUGUAUGCCCAAUAAUAAAGAUGAAGACGGGCUAAUGGUUUUAGUUUUCAACAAAAAAGAAACAGAUAUUCGAAACCAGCAACAGCAAUUGGUAGAAUCAUUGCAUAAAGUUUUGGGAGGAAACCAGACCCUUACUGUAAAUGUAGAGGGUAUUAAAACGUUGCCAGAUGAUCAAGUUGUCAUUUAUGUUGUUGAGCGUUCUCCAAAUGGUACUUCAAGAAGAGUUCCAGCUACAACACUAUAUGCCCAUUUCGAACAAAAUAAUAUAAAAACACAAUUGCAGCAACUUGGUGUAACCCUUUCUAUGACUAGAACAGAACUUUCUCCUGCACAAAUCAAACAGCUUUUACAGAAUCCUCCUGCCGGUGUUGAUCCUAUUAUUUGGGAACAAGCCAAGGUGGAUAAUCCUGAUUCUGAAAAGUUAAUUCCUGUACCAAUGGUGGGUUUCAAAGAACUUCUUCGAAGACUGAAAGUUCAAGAUCAGAUGACUAAGCAGCAUCAGACCAGAUUAGAUAUCAUAUCUGAAGAUAUUAGUGAAUUACAGAAGAAUCAAACUACAACUAUGGCCAAAAUUGCACAAUACAAGAGGAAACUCAUGGACCUUUCCCAUAGGACCUUACAGGUCCUAAUCAAACAGGAAAUUCAGAGGAAAAGUGGAUAUGCCAUCCAAGCUGAUGAAGAGCAGUUGCGAGUUCAGCUAGAUAUAAUUCAGUGUGAACUAAAUGCACCUACUCAGUUUAAGGGCCGACUAAAUGAACUGAUGUCCCAAAUCAGGAUGCAGAAUCAUUUUGGAGCAGUCAAAUCUGAAGAAAGAUAUUACAUAGAUGCAGAUCUGUUACGAGAAAUCAAACAACAUUUGAAACAACAACAGGAAGGCCUUAGCCACUUGAUUAGCAUCAUAAAAGAUGAUCUAGAAGAUAUAAAGUUGGUAGAACAUGGAUUGAAUGAAACCAUCCACAUCAGAAGUGGUGUCUUUAGUUGACGGUUCACAAACUUGUGUUCAAGGUUUGUGAAAUGUAUCUUCCUGCUACAUUAGGCCUUCCUUAAGAAUGAAACUGACUACCUGGAGGAAAAA